UUGUCUGUGGGGGAUAUUCGGAGGAAAGACUGAGUGAGCGAGAGAGUAACCGCAACCCCAACCCCCUCCUUACCCCAUCUACCACAUGACUCUACUCCACGCGGGCUAAAAAGAGCAGACAGAAGCUCAGACUGUCAGCAGAGUAGAGAUGAGCAGGACUGAACUUCACAGCUAGGUCUCUAUCACCACACAGGAAACUGGCAUUGCUAUUGGCACUUUCUUUACUUCAUCUACCCAGGGAGUUCCAGAAGGCUGCAGAAGAGAGAGCAUCACAUGGUGAACAGGGGCAGUAGAACACAAACCCACCCCCAGGCCUAAAUCCAUCCGAAUCAGCAUCUUGCCUCUGGACUUUGGCCUCAAUCUCUUCCUAAAGCAGGCGCCUUUUUUAACCAGGUCAUCCCAAACCACCACAUUAAAGACCUGACAGCACAAGGCUGCUGGAGCAAAAAGAAGCCGCGCUCCAGUUGAUCCAUCUGGAUCCCGUGACCACCUCCAUCACACCCACCAGGAGUCUGCUAGUGGCACCUCAUUGCACCUGACAGUCGGCGACUGACACUGUGCGCUGCAGCUCAUUGGUGUGUGUGUUUUUGUGCCGUUUUCCCUCUGGCUGACCCCCUGUGGCGUGUGAAGCCGUCCCCUGUCCGUCCGUGGCCAUGGUGCUGUGUGAGGAGCGCGAGUGCAGCGUGUGCUACCGGCCGUACGCGCGCACCGGCCGCGUCCCCCGGGUGCUGCACUGCCGCCACACCUUCUGCGCCGUGUGCCUGGAGGCCAUGGCCGUGGCCAAGAGCGGCCUGCUGACCGUGCGCUGCCCGCUCUGCCGCCAGAUGACCUGCGUGGGCGGCGGCAGCAAGCUGCACGAGGCGCUGUGGGUCAACAGCCGCGUGUGGGACCAGAUCCCCGACUUUGCCGUCGAGGAGGAGGACGAGGAGGAGGAGGAGGAGGACGAGGAGCGGGGGGGACAGCGAGAGGAGGUGGUGUUGGAAGCAGAGGAAGAUGCGGAAGACGGGAUCAGAGAAGAAGAGGAGGAGGAGGAGGAGGAGAGAGCAGAGGGAGCGUCUGCUCCAGCACAAUGCCCCGUCUCAAAGCACUACCGGCCCCGUAUCAGACUGCCCUCAUUCCUGAGGAAGCUGAGCUUCGCGAGGCAGCCCCAAGAGAGGAUCAUGCCUGGCUCCAAUGUUGAGAUGAAGUCAUGGCGGAGGCUUGCGACAGCUGAUAUGAUUUAAAGCUAGGAGAAAAGAGGACGUGACCAACGGCUCUCCCGGAUAGCGGAACUGUCAAUCACCACGAGCUGUGUUGUGGCUAUUUGUUUUCCCAACAGUCAUCAAAAAAAGACUGCCAGCCGCCGGAUUAUCUGAGGGAUCGGGAGCCAGGUCAAACCUUGUACAAACAUUUAGAGUGGCUCAGACAGACUUGCACGUGUCUGCAAGACUUUGUGUGUGUGUGUGUAUGUGUGUGUGUGUGUGUGUGUGUGUGUGUGUGUGUGAGUGAGUGAGUGAGUUUGUUGUGGGUUUCUCUGUGAUGGGGAGAUGCAUCAUUGAAUACCGCUUGCACCCAUUAUCUGUGCAGGGGACUCUUUCAUUAGGUAUUCCACCCCUAAUCCACGACAGCUGCUGCAGUGGGAUUGAGAUCAGCUGUCCCAACAGACUGGGCAAGAGAACAGAGAGAGCUAGACAGACAGAGAGAUGGAGAGAGAGAGAGAGUGUGAUAUUUAGAUGGGGGGUAAAGAGAGAGAGUGAGACGGUAUCCUGGACUCAGUGCUGACUGUCCUUGACAGAUGGCUUCUAAGCAAACGGUCAUCCCCCCCAACCCCUUUAACCUUCUUUGCCUGGCAGGGUCAAACCCCAGGAGGCUGAGCCUUUAACUUAUUGUAAGCUUUUGUAUUUAUCAUGAUAAAUUAUUUUAAAUAAAAAAAUCAAAAUGUUGAAA